AUGUCGCAUGACGUCCCAUCUUGGCGCCCUGUUCGUGCCCACAGCGCGGGACACUGUUUCCAAGAAAAAGCUGAGCGUCUGCCAGGAUCAUUAAUCGCUUGGCGCCGGGCAGUGCACCUUUGGUGGGAUGUGGUGUGGCUCCUUUCGCGCGACUCGCAGUUCGGCAAGCCAUCGUCGGCCAUGGCCCGAACUCUUGGCCAGUAUUCCCACGUAUCCCCCGCUAGGGACGCGGACUGCAGCGCGCAGCGGAACGGCUCUUGGCUGCCUGUACCAAGGACGUUGCCAAGCUCUGCAACUUGGACCUCUCCAAACGUGCAAGCUACGGAGCAGUGCCAGGCACAAAUACAACCUGCUGCGCCUGUGCGAGAGCUACGGUACCAGGAGGUGUGCGUGAGCCGUUUCGUUGUUGGCCGUGGCUGGCUGCAGCGCCUCGCGUCUUCGCACAAAAGCGAACGCCGAAACGUGGCCGGGUUUGACGAGUGGCCAUUUCAGAUGCGACAAUACGAAGCAACUUGUUCUCGCGUCUCGUUGAGGAGAUGA